AUGGCCAAGUCAAAGAAUCACACGAAUCAUAAUCAGAACAGAAAGGCUCACCGUAACGGUAUCAAGAGGCCAAAGAAGCAAAGAUUCAUGUCGAUGAAGGGUGUCGAUCCUAAAUUCCUCAAGAACUUACGCUUUGCCAAGAAGCACAACAAACGACAUACAAGUCACUCCAGGCAUUCCACGCUAAAUAAUCAAUCCUUGAAGAUGAGGGAAGAAGUAUUGCUUCGCAAAUUGCUUGCCGAUGGUGAAGGAACGGGUGAAGAACGCCGCUUUCAACUGCUCAACGGAUGUCUUCGAUUGCUUCGAAAUCCUAACACUGUGAGCAAGGCGGAGGCUGUAAAAGCACUGCGCUUAAUUGAUUCCCUUGAACUGUCAAUGCGAAAGCAACGCGAAAUUGCUGAGAUGAGUGAGCGACAUACGAAAGAAUACGAAGAAAUGGCAGAACGAGUGGAUAGAGAGAUAGCUAUAAGUCGUGAGAAAAUGGCUCAAGCGAAAAAGGAACUUACAGCGGCACGGCUUGUGCGUAAAAAUCGUAAAGAAUAUGCUUUGUUGGUUGGAAUGAUCGACGACCUUCCGUCCAGGGCAGAAACGACCAGGAAGUUGGAGGACAUGCAGGAAGAACUUAGUCAACAACAAGAACGACAGCAACAACUUGAAGCUAGGCUAUCUGAACGCAGAAAUCAUCUUCAUGCGCUCAACAUAAUACUCGCCAACUUCCAGAAGUUGCUUGCAGAUGAGGAUAACGAGUUAUCGAAUGAAGGUGAGCCUGGGGAGAGAAGGGACGACGACAAGGACGAGCCAAGAUCUCAGAGGGAGAAGUCCAGCGAUACUGCCGACACGGGAGAAUGA